UGUCGCGCCGACGCGGGCCCGCUGUGCGCCGCCUGCCGCCUGGCCGCGGGCCCCGAGCCGCCCGAGUGGGAGCCGCGCUGGAGAAAGGCGCUGCGCGGCAAGGAAAACAAGGGGUCCGUGGAGAUCAUGAGAAAGGACUUAAACGACGCCCGGGACCUGCACGGCCAGGCAGAGUCGGCGGCUGCUGUGUGGAAGGGACACGUGAUGGACCGUAGAAAGAAGGCCCUGACUGAUUACAAGAAGCUGCGGGCCUUCUUUGCCGAGGAGGAGGAGCACUUCCUGCAGGAGGCCGAGAAGGAGGAGGACGCCCCGGAGGACGACCAGUCCGACCCAGCCGAGCGGUUCCGGUCCCUGCUGCAGGCCGUGUCAGAGCUGGAGAGGAAGCACCGCGGCCUGGGGCUCAGCAUGCUGCUGCAGUGAUGGUGCUGAUGCAGAGGCAGAAGGGACACCUCCCACAGCUGGCAGCAGCAGCAGCCCCCCCACCGGCCGCCCCUCCUCAUCUCCAUGGAAACCAUGAGCUCCUGGACUUGGGGUGAAGCAUUGGCUGUGCCCCCACCUGUGGUUGUUCCAGCUGGUUACAUGCUUCAACAAGGUGUUCAUUUUCCCUUUUCCUUGCUGCGGCGUGGAUGUUUUCUUGUGAAUGUUUUUGGGCUGUGAACAUUUCCUAGUACAGGUAGUCGUGGGGACACUACUCUGAGUAUCCCCAACUCUCCAUAGAGCUCCUGUCAUGGUUCUUUCUUUCAUCACUGACAUGCCUGGUAGCUUGUGGCUGUGCCCUUUGCCCUGGGGAUGUCAGCUCACUGUCCCAGGGACCCAAUCCUGCAUCUGCCACACAGUGCCUGGGAAGUGCUGUUUCAUGGGAUUUUCUUUUCCAUGGGGUGCUCAUCACCAGGCCUGGAGGUCCCUGUUGAGGUUGGGUUUGGGGUUAGAAUCAAGGAAAGACAGCACACGUAGGGCCCUGACUGCAGGUGGACCCGGCCCUGCAGGGAAAGGAAAGGGAGAGGCCCCUCCUCCGGGGGCCUUGCUGUGUUCCUACUUCUGGCUCUGUCCCCCUCCUCUCCCAGCCUGAGCCCCUCAUUCCUUCACCGUCUGCCCCUCGGAUGCUGACGGAUCCCUGGAACCUUCCCUGGGCUCCUUCUCACCUCGAGGAAGGGAUCCCUUUCGGCAGCAGUGGGCAGGUGGCAGCUGCAGGCCCCACCCUGGCAUUUCAUCUUGCUGUAUUUGUGGCUUUUCUCACAUCGUAUUUCCUCUGGUGGGUGAAUUUUGCAAAACCUGUGAUGUAGCAGUAGCAUGGUGGCCUGUAGCACCAUUGUAUAUAGAUUCAUUAGUCCAUGUGACAAAACUCAGCGCUGAGUAGGCAGAAUCUCGAGGUUGGGAAACGUAGAUGCAGACACAUGUUUAGAUUCAGCCCUGAACAGGCGGUUUGGGGAGAGCUGGGCUGCGGUGGGGGAGGGGGGUGUUCUCCGAUGAAGCUCUUCAGCCCUCGUAAGUCCCCAGCCUUCAGUAAGAUGACCGCCAGGCUCACCUGCCCUGAGUGUGGGCUGGGCUCUUGGUGCCAAAUAAAGUAGGAUUGCUCCAGCUUGUUUAAUUCA